CUGGUAGGAUGAAAGAGGUCACAUGGUGCAUUUCCUCUCUCUCUCGCCUUCCUGGCACUGUAACGCGUUUAAACAAUGUUAUAAUAUCUAUACCUCCAUCUGCAACUGACACUCACAUGCCUGUCUGCCUCUCGUGUCAGCUCCCGUCUGCCUGUUCUAGGUCGUCUAUAGGUAAAAAGAGGCUCACCACAUCCAAUCAUGACGGGGAAUUCCAGCAGCUCCAGGCUAGACAACGCCACCCUGUCCCUGUUUCAGAACACAAACACCAGCAUCGCCAUCUCUCUCGUCUACCUGAUUGUCGUUGCCAUUAACCUGGUAGGAAAUGGCUUUUCCAUUUGGAUCCUCCUCUUCCGUACGUCCCCCAAGACUCCCUCCAUCGUCUUCAUGAUUCAUCUCACCCUCACCGACUUGGCCCUUGGUGCCGCCCUGCCCUUUCAGAUCGCCUACCAACUUCAAGGAUAUCAAUGGAAUCUGGGACCCAAUAUGUGCAGUUUCCUGACGCUCAUCUUCUACACCAACAUGUACUGCUCCAUCCUGACCAUGAUGGCCAUCGGAAUCGACCGCUACCUGGGCAUCGUCAGGCCCAUGCUGUUCAGACAGAUCAGGAAGAGGAAGUCCAUGGCUGUCAUCAGCUGCUUCCUCAUGUGGGGUGUGGUCCUGAGUGUCCUCUACCCGCUGAUGACCACGGACCUGACCUUUUAUAUUCCUGAACUUCAGAUUACCACAUGCUUCGACGUGCUGAAGAAAGACAUGCUUCCGAACCAGGCAGCCUGGGCGGCCUUCCUCUUCAGCAUGGUGUUCCUCCUCUUCCUCUUCCCUUUCUGUGUCACAGUAUUUUGCUACAUCACUGUCAUACGCAAACUGGCCAGCGAUUCCAAGACGGCCCAGAAAAAGAGAGCGAUACGUCUGGCCAUCAUUGUUCUCGUGGUCUUCACCUUCUGCUUUGCGCCCAACAACAUCCUCCUGAUGACUCACACUGUUUUGAGACUCUUCUAUGAGAAGUCUGCCUACCAGGCCUACAAACUGUCUCUCUGCUUGAGCUGCCUGAACAGCUGCCUCGACCCCUUCAUUUACUACUUUGCUUCCAAAGAUUUCAGACAAAAGCUGAGGCAGAUAGUAAAUCUGCACACCCUGAGCAGUGUGGACUCGACGAAGAUGGAGUAUAAAGAGAGCACUCUGUACUCGGCACAUUGCACGUUAGAAGGUCAAAAUAGGGAACACAGAAAGGUGUCUCUGAUGCCAAGCACAUCACAGCUGAAAGAGCCGGAAUGAGAGAAACGGAGAGAGAGAUGUGAGAAAGGAAGUGAGACAAAGACAGAGAUUGUGUGUGAAAGGUUGGCAGUGUUUGUGCGUGUGUGUGUGUCAGUGGAUUCUGUUGGGUCAAAGUUAAAAAAAAAUCGUUAUACUUCUUUUUUAUGUGCAUCACAGGACAAAUCAACAUGGACAGCAGCUGAGCCUCUAAGUCUGUCAAUAUUCUUGCAUUACCUUGUGUUACUUCACAGAAACAAUGUAUUUUUAUCGUUCAUUGUUUAGCAUCAUGAGUUAUUUUUGACCAAAUAUGUAGCAUGUACAAGUGUAAAUAAACUGUAAAUAAAAUGUAUUAUAUAGCUCCUCAC